CAGAUGAUGAGAAGGCUGCCGAGCGCGUUGUACUCCAACGUGCGUUUGUUCUUCCCCGUCUGCACCACAAAGUGCCCAAAGCACCGAUCAGAUCCGAUCCGAGUCACGCCAAACUGAGCCCAGCCGUGCGUCUGCUGCCGCCCCCCCACGCCAUCUCCGACCACCACCACAACCACCUACAAUACCGUUCUGUGGCGAUGGAGCAAUCUCAGUGUGCGUAAACUGAACCAAGGGUGCGAAAGAGCAACGGAUACGAAUAGAGCGACCGUGGAGGAGAAGCGCAUGGAGGCUGGAGUCUAGACAAAUCAUCGCAAACCACUUGUCCGGAGUACGUUUUUCGCCCCGUUUUUGAACUCUUUCAGCUGUAUUAGAAGAGGAUUUCCCCCCUUUUUGCGCUUUUGUCUGAUCAUCUUGGUGUCGGCUUAUCUGUCGCUGAGGAUGGAGCGGAAGGAGGCGAGCUUUUAUUUGGGAUGCUGCUGGAGACUAAUGCUGCUGUCUUGCGUCCUGGUUCUGCACUUGGUCCCACUGUCUGUCAACGGAAAUGAUGUUGGGGUCAAUGCCACUGAGCCAGAGAACAUAGCCAAUGUUUCCUCCCUGGUUCAUGAGGAGGAGAGGCCUGCUAAGGUCUCGGAGGUCACCAUUGCAGUGACUGGAAUGAGCAGCUCAACCAGUCCCAAUACUGUGAGCACCAUGACUCCAAGGGCAGGUCGGAUCCCCCGUGCAGGAGAAGAAGAGGAGCAGAGCAGCGGCAUGUUUGGAGAAACUGUGGUGCCUGCUGUGGAGGAAGCAGGUGUGGUCGCUCCACCUCAGCUCAGCCCUGAUUCAGCAGAGACUGAACACCUGCUGCCUAGCAACCCACACACACAGGAAGAGACAGAGGGAGGGGAGGAGGAAGAGGAGGAGCGUCUGCCACACACUGACCCACCAUGGAUCAAUGCCAAGGACACAGCUGUGUUUGACCUGGACCACCUCUUUACUACCACGGCCCCACCCUCAGCCGCCACCAACCCUUCCAACCCUGAUGUUCUGCAUGUAGACUUUUUUGACCCCUCCUCUCGUGGUCGAGGACUGGACCUGGCCCCACCAUCUCCUUCAUCACUAGCCCAUGAGCUCCAGGGUGGCGAUCCAACUUCCUGGGCAAUGCCAGACAACUACGACUACCUCACUCCAUAUGAAGAUGGAGUGUCACCGACUGCUGAUGAGUAUACCUACAGCACUACUACUGAUGCAUAUGAGACUGAUGAAGACCUUCGGCCUUUUGCUGGCUCUCCUGGUCGCUCUAGGCCUCAGAUCCCAGGGUCCAACUCUUUCAUCCCAGGUGUAGGUCUUCCUGGCAGAGCUCCAGUACCAAAUAUUCCGGUGGCAGCUCCUCCAGUGGACGGCUCAGAUGGGAUGGGGGGAUGCCGUGUGGGCUAUCAGAUGGUGAAUGGAAGCUGCCGCUCACCCUGUGACAUGCUGCCAAACUACUGCUUCAAUGGAGGACAGUGUUACCUGCUGGAGGGCAUGGGAGUCUUCUGCAGAUGUAACGUCCAGGAUUACAUCUGGCACAAGGGUUCUCGCUGUGAGUCAGUGGUGACCGAGUUCCAGGUGAUGUGUCUGGCUGUGGGCGCCUCUGCUCUGGUGGUCCUGUUGCUCUUCAUGAUCAUAGUGUGCUUCGCCAAGAAGCUACAUGUGCUCAAGACGGAGAACAAGAAGCUGCGCAAGCGCAGCAGUAAGUACCGGCCUUCAUCGGAGCAGCACAAUGAUAAUUUCUCGCUGUCCACCAUCGCUGAGGGCUCCCACCCAAAUGUAAGGAAACUGUGCGACACCCCUCCUAACGUCCCUCAUGCCCGUGCAUUGGCUUACUAUGAUAACAUUAUCUGUCAGAAAACCAUGAGCAGAUACACCUGGGAGUGUAAGACCAAAGAGGAGUCCGACUGUGAGGAUGAUCCUAAUUCCCAGAACAAGCUGGAGGACCCAGUGAAGGCCCCGUCCAAGGAGGAUGACUCCCUCAACAUCCACAACUCCCUGACCCCCAAACAUGAGAAUCACAAGGUCCUGGGCGAGGAGAACUCCUCGGAGGUAAACUCACUGCAGAACAAUAUGAUGUGAAACAAACCACAAAUAAAACAACCUGACAACGACAAGGUGCACUGGCAGCAGGAGCCCCCCAAAACCCCUCCUCCCAGCUAUGCGUCUGUCCGCUGCUGAGUGCACCUAUCCGGUCAACCACCCAACCAACCAACCAACAACCAGCCUGGCAACUUACCAGCCGAACUACCCAGUCUUCAACCAUCUUCAACACGGCAACACUGCCACCAAGCGGCCACAACCGCUGC